AUGGCAAGCUCGGCUUCCCUGGAGACCAUGGUGCCCCCGGCCUGCCCGCGCGCAGGAGCGUCGCCGGCCACUUCCAAGACUCUGGCCUUUUCCAUCGAGCGCAUCAUGGCUAAGACGUCGGAGCCCCGCGCGCCCUUUGAGCCCCGGCCGGGGGCACUGGACGCGGAUAGCGGCCAGGGCAAGAAAUUGCUCAACCUCUGCUCGCCGCUGCCCUGUAUGAUCCCCCUGCAGCCCCUAGGCUACGAGGUGCCGUCCAAGACGCUGCUCAGUUACUCUGAGCUCUGGAAAAGCAGCCUCCGGGCGGGCGGCAGCGGCGGCGGCGGAGGAGGAGGUGGAGGCGGCGGUGGGGGGACCCCGGUGUGCGGCGCCAGCGGCUUGUGCAAAACCAACUGUGGCGUGUGCUGCAAGGCCGAGCUGGGCCUGGUACCGUCGGCGCUGCCCGCGGGCAGGGUCAUCAAGCCGCAGGUCAUCAACCAGGCGGUGGGGCUUCCGGCCAGCGGCUCGCUCUACUACUUCAACUACCUGGACUCCGCCACGUACCCGCCGUCUGAGCUCCUUGGCGGCCACCUCUUCCCGUCCGGUCUCCUCAACACACAGACCCCCGCUGCUCUGGCUGCGCACCCCAAGCUCUUUCUGCUGGAGAACGCCAAGUUGGCCGGCCUGACCGCCGACAAGUUUGCCCAUCCAGCCCCCUACGCCCAUAAGGAGCGCUUGCCUGCGCCGCUGGAGCAGGUGCUGAAGGAGAACUCGGGCCUGACUGCUGAACGCGGCGGAGUCAAGGGCCACAGCAAGCUGCCCGGGGGCUCAGCAGACGGCAAGCCUAAAAACUUCACCUGCGAGGUGUGCGGAAAGGUGUUUAACGCUCACUAUAACCUCACCCGCCACAUGCCAGUCCACACCGGAGCCAGACCGUUCGUGUGCAAAGUCUGUGGCAAAGGCUUCCGCCAGGCCAGCACGCUCUGCAGACACAAAAUUAUCCACACCCAGGAAAAGCCGCAUAAAUGCAACCAGUGCGGCAAAGCCUUCAACCGCAGCUCCACGCUCAACACACACAUUCGCAUCCACGCGGGCUACAAGCCCUUCGUCUGUGAAUUUUGCGGCAAAGGCUUUCACCAAAAAGGGAACUACAAGAAUCACAAGCUGACCCACAGCGGCGAGAAGCAGUACAAAUGUACCAUUUGCAACAAGGCCUUCCACCAGGUCUAUAACCUGACCUUCCACAUGCACACCCACAACGACAAGAAGCCUUUCACGUGCGCCACUUGCGGCAAAGGGUUUUGCAGAAACUUUGACUUAAAGAAACACGUGCGCAAACUCCACGACAGCGUGGGCCCCGCCGCCCCCUCCACAAAGGACCUGACUCGGACAGUGCAGAGCUGA